UCAAUCUGAUACGAGUACGCUUGAAAAGAUUGUUUUUCUUUUUAUUUUCUACUUUAGUAUUUCUCGAUGUAGUGAAAUUUGGAGAAACCCAAGACUUAACAACUACGGCAAUAACUAUAGCUGAAGGUAUCGAACAUGCUGAAACAACUACCACUGCAGAUGAGGUUGUAGAAAAUGUCACUACAACUGCUGCUGGAGAAGUCGAGAAUAUGAACACCACAUCUACGGAUAAUGCUGCUGAGACAACUCUUGGUUCAGAAGAAGCCCAGACUACCAGUAAACGUCCAAAAAUGAUCGAUUACCACCGGGAGAAAGCGGAGAGGCUAUUCGGGAUCCUCAGUCCUAUACAGAUAUCUCGUAAGCCACGAGACCUAGAUGAGAUAUACAACUGUGAGUGUCCGCGAGUGUACUGGCCGGUGUGCAGUGUGGACGAUAUCACUUAUGUCAACGCCUGUAUCGCCAACUGCCUGAAGAUCAAGAUCAGGAGACCAGGACCCUGUGUACUGUAUAGAAGGGAAGCCUAAAAGCGCUUUGUAAACGUAUUAAAAUAUUCAUACUAUUAUUAUAAACGCAAGA